AACAAUAUGGCGGUUCGACAUGUGCCACGGAAGUGUAAAAGAUUAAGUCAUUCACCCGUGAAAGAAUAACAUUAUACUCCACCCUGAGGUGUUCAUGGGUGAAAAUAUUGUGACGGACACACAGGUUACAGGAAAUGAGAUGACAUCGGUGAUGGGGGCAGAUGGCCCCGGGGUGACACAGAUGGAGAAUGGUGGGAUGGAUAAUGUUGCCGAGAUUGAGCAGGAGUUGGAAGGAGUCACACAGAUGCAUGUGGCUGCUGUCAAUGGAGAUAAAGCCUUACUUGCCAAACAAAUAGUCUCAAGUACUCAGGAAUUAGAUACAGGUGAUCAGUUUGGGCGGACUCCUCUCAUGUUCUGUGUGUUGGCUGAUAGACUGGAUUGUGCUGAGCUGUUAUUGCGAGCAGGUACCCAGGUUAAUAGAUCUGACAAAGGAGGUAGAACAGCACUACAUUGGGCAGCUCAUAAAGGCAAUAAUCGAUUGCUGAAGUUAUUAUUAUCCAAGGGGGCUGACAUCAAACAGAAAGAUAAUGAAGGUCAAACAGUUCUCCAUCUGUGUACACGACAUAAAUCUACAAAAUGCAUGAAUUUGUUACUACGGCAACUGUCCCCAGGGGAAAUUGAUGAUCAGGACAAGAAAAAGAGGACAGCUUUACACUGGGCAGCUUCCUAUGGCAAUGUGGAACAUGUAAAACUUUUAAUUAAGCAGGAUUCAAACAUAGGUAUACCUGAUAUUGAGGGUAAAACUCCUUUACAUUGGGCAGCUAGCUGUAUGGAUCCAGAAGCUCCUAGUUGUGUCAGACUUAUAUUGGAAACGACACCGACUGUUAUAAAUUGGCCAGAUUAUGAAGGGAGAACAGCUUUACAUUUAGCAGUGGCUGAUGGGAAUGAAUCCAUUGUCAAAGUGCUAAUUUCUGUUGUAAACAGUAAUAUAUCAGCUUUAGAUAAUAUGUUUAGAACACCUCUACAUUGGGCUGCAGUUUUAGGUCACUCAGGAAUUGUUUCCUUGCUAUUAGACAAUGGUGGAGAUUACGCCUCUGCAGACGCAAAUGGUGCCACGCCCCUUCACUAUGCUGCUCAAAAUAAUCAUUCUGAUACAGUAGCUGUGUUCCUGACAUACAAGAUAGUAGUAGAUGAACCAGAUGUGGAAGGAAGGUCAGCGUUUAUGUGGGCGGGAGGGAAAGGUGCUGAUGAUGUGGUCACAGUUUUCUUACGGUCUGAUGUAGAUAUUCAACAAGUUGAUAAAAAUGGUGGCACUGCAUUACAUGCUGCAGCACUUUCUGGUCAUGCUUCAACAGUCAAGAUAUUACUGGACCAUGGUGCAUUGAUUGAUGCUCCAGACCUUCUCAAACACACGCCAUUAUUUAGGGCCUGUGAAAUGGGCCACACAGAUGUGGUUCAGACUCUCAUAGAUUAUGGUGCUCGGGUUGAUGUUUUGGACCAUGAUGGCAGAUCUUCUUUACACUGGGCAGCGUUGGGAGGACAUGCAUACAUUUGUCAAACUUUAAUCAAAUAUGGUGUGGAUCCAAACUUCAGAGAUCAUAAUGGACGAACACCUCUACAAUGUGCAGCUUAUGGUGGCUAUGUUAAUUGUAUGUCUGUUUUAAUGGAACAUAAAGCUGAUCCUAAUGAUCAAGACAAUGAGGGAAUGACAGCUCUACACUGGGCCUGUAGUAAAGGUCAUCUUGAUGCUGUAAAACUUCUGAUGGAGUAUAGAGCAUUUCCUAACCACAUGGAAUUUACUGAAGAUCGGUACACUCCAUUGGAUUAUGCUUUGAUGGGGGAGCACCAUGAUGUGGCCCAGUAUAUGAUUGAACAGGGGGCACUGUCGAUUACGGGUAUUCAAGAUAUUGCAGCUCUGAAAAUUCAGUCCGCAUUCAGAGGAUUCCGUGUCAGGAAAACUUUCACAGAAAGAAAGCGAUUGCUGAUGAAGCAUGAACAGCUGAAGAAAGAAGCUGCAAGAAAAAGAGCUGUUGAAGAGACAAGAAAGAAAGAAGAUACAAAGCAUAAAGAGGAAGUAGAAGAGAGGCAAAGGCCAGCCUAUGUUGAUAAAACUCUAGUCACUGUUACUCAUGAGCCAAAGACUGAACAAGUCUUUGCCAUGAGUUACAUAUCUGCCAAAAAGAAAAGAGAGAAAGAAGUUUCCGAGCAAGAAAAAUUGUUACGGUCACACGAAGGAGUCAAAAAUGCCAAAUCUAUAGAAAAACAACGACAAAAGAAUUUCCGUCUGAAACAGAAAGCUGCAUUUAGAAUACAAAAAGCAUGGAAAAAAUACAAGAUGAGACAGUUUGGUAUACUGACUGUAGCCAAGCAGUCCAUACAUCAACUACAGACACAGACUGGGGCUGAGGAAUUCCAGAAACAAAUAGCUGCCCUAACUAUACAGCUAGCAUGGAGGAAAUAUUACAGACGUAAACUUCUGAGGUCAUUGACACCAAACAGAAGACAGCUCCAUCUGUGGGAUCCAGAGGUGAUCGCCAUGAAGCAAAAAGCUCUAGUCAAACAAAUUUAUGGUGAAGCACCACCAGUACCUUUUUGGCACCCAGCUCCCAAAAAACCUGCUAGACCUUACUGGUCAAAAUGGGUACCAUCAGCAGCAGCCUUGUCAUAUAAUUUUGCUGUUGAUCGUUACCAUCCUCUUGUCUCCAAGAAAGGAUUUCUUCCUUCACCGUUUAUUGACCCUCAGGGAUAUCCUAAAAACUUUGAUUGGAAUCCAUUAGAAGAUGAAGAUUUAGCAAUAUUAUCUAUUGACGAGGAAAGUAGCACUAGUCUAUUUAUAAAUAGUCGUGGCACAAGUCGUUGCAGCAGUUCGCUAAGCUACAGGAGAAGCAGUAGUCGAUGUAGUAGCUUUAGCAACCAUAGACCUAGGAGACAACUUAAGAAGUGUGCGAGUACCUAAUACUACAAUGUCCAGAUCACGACAGUAUUCCUACAACAUAUCAAGAGGUGGCAACGGAUAUAGGUCAUCGUCAUUUGUCUGAACAUGUGAUUACAAAUAAAGUGACUUUUCCAGAUUAAGUUGGCAAUAUAUUUGUCAUAUGAUCAUUGAUAACUGUGAUAGUAACCGCAACAUUUAGUUGAUAAAAUAACUAAAAACGGAGUUAUAGUCUGCAAAGAAAUGUUGAAAAUUGAAGAGAAUUGGAAUUCCUGUACUUCUUUUGUUUAGUAGCAUCCAAGACAUUUAGAGUGGAACUUUUGAAUUUCACCAACCAAGAUAAUUCAUCGAAUAAAAUCAAACUGCAUUUUGAAAAAAAUGGAAAUCUUUUGUUUUUUCAGCAUCCGAAACAUUCCAAUAAUUGAUGGUAAAAAAAAAGUUUCUGUGGAAAGAAUUGGAAAUUUUGUAAAUUUGCUUUUAGCAUUCCAAACAUUUGAUUCAGUGAAAAAUCUCAUUUCCCGCACAGAUACUGUUGAAAACAGAAAAAUCCUGUGUGUCGGAUUAAAUUAUGAAUGUUACACAUAUUUUAUCAGCAAAUGAUAUUUUUAUCUACAGCACAGUAUUGGUGGUGCACUCAGAUACAUAUUUUUUUUAAUUAUAAUUAUAGAUAGAAAAAAGUGGAAUAAUUACUUUCAUAAACUUCAAGCACCUGAAAAAGUCUAAUCUUUUGCACAUGCAUCUAUUUGCAUAGAUUGUUCAUGAAAAAAAAAAAAAUUUUGUGAAUAAAAAGAAAUUUAGGAGAUAGAAUUUUGAAAAUCUACUUGAGUUAUCUCCCCUAAAAUGGCUAAGUAGACAAUUUGAUUAGAACAAACACAAAUAUUUGGUAUUUGAUAAAUCAGUCUGAAUAAUGCAAUAGAUCAUUUAUUUUUCUUUAUUCCAAUAAAUAGUCUAACCAUUAAUUGCAAAUCUGUCUCAAAACUUACAGAUUUAAGCAAAGAACUAGACCUAUCGUGAACUGCUAUUUUACAAUCCAAGAUGGCGGAAUACAGUUAAUCUACCUUAAAAGUGUGCUGAUGACAUGAGACAAUUUUUAAGCAUGACCUUGUGAACUUAGAGGGGGGAGCUACUGAAGCCCCCAUUAUGUUUUGCUAGUGCGUGUUACCAGGUGAUUUUAUUGCAGUUUUAGUCAAAAUGCUACAGAUAUUAAAUUAUUAUGUUUGUUAUUAUUUAAAUUGAUAAUCUAUUUUGAAGAUUGUUACAGGUAUUUAAGCAUAGACAUAUUUUUGUUCAAUUGUAGCUGUUAUAAGAUAUUUUACACCUGCAAAUUAUAGUUAAAUGCUCACACAAAAGAUGUUUAUUUACAUGCAUUUACAUGUCAAUACAGUUCUCCUUACAUAUACAUUUAUCUGUGUUAAUGGUUGAAAAAUAAUGUAAACCUUUAAAACACUAAAACAUUUUAUUGCCAUGAUAUAACUUUUUGCCCUUAUAAGAUGUAAAGCAAAAAUCAAUCAAUCAAUCAAAAGUUUUAAAAAGAAAAAAUAUGAAAUAUCUAAGAUUGUAAUGAACAUAUUCAAAUAUUUUCAUCUAACAAUUUAAAUUGGUAGGAAAAAUACUGUUGCUAAGUUCAAAUGAACAUUUUCAAUAUAACAGCAAAAACUGUAAAAUGUAAGAGAUCAGGGUGCAGGUGAACGUGGGAUCAGUUAAGAAUGAUAAUCCAUAAGUAUUUUAUUGGUAUAAAAAUCUCAAUACCAUGGCAACAGUAUUUUCCUUCAGGAAAGUUAUUCAUUAUAAAAUGAUCUUUAAACAAUUAGGUUUAAUGUCCUGUGAUGUUUUGGAGUUCAAGAUGUUCAAGGUACUUAAAAAAGAACCUUACUGAAAUUAAGUUGUUGGAAUUGAAUUAUUAUGUUUAGGGUUUUUUUUGUUAUCAUUAAUUGUUGCCAUAUUGAUAUAUUUAUAUAACCUGUGAAACAAUUUUGUCAUCUGAAAUCACCAACUGUUUCUACUUAUCCAUUUUAUGUAUUUGUUGUCAUAACAGGUUUUCUCAAAAUAUGCAGAAUAUGUUAAUAUUGAUGCCAAGGUUCUUACAAACGUAAGAAAUUGGAAAUGUUUGUGUACAUGCUGUAUCAGUAAGGUGUAUUCAAAUAAUUUGUUUCUCAGAAAAUACCCCCAUAUUUAUUUUUUUUUUUUAUUUUUUGAGAGUUUUAUUUUUAUUGUACUGUCAAUUUCAUAUUUGAUUUUUACACUGUAUUUAGAGAUAUGCAAAAUAGCAAUUUUUUUUUUCUUUCAUCUGUAAAAUGUGGUAUUAAAUUAAAAUUGGGUACAUUUAGACUUAUCAAGUGCAAAACUAUUAAUUUAUUAUUUUUCUUCAAAAAAGUUAAAAUAUACCCCUUAAACAAACAAAAAAACUUAAAAAGGUCUUUGAAACAGAUUUUUAUUUGAAUCGCCUAAAAUUGUUUUAUAUGAGCAUUUUGUGAUAUGUAAUUUUAGUCUUUCAAAUUUAAUGUAAAUAUAGAUAACCAAUUUUACAAUAUGUCAAUUUUGACAUUAAAAUAUGCUACAAUGAUA